ACUGCCUCUCCCUCAACCCCCCUCCCUCCCCCAAAGACCCCAGCCUCUCCUACAGCUCAUGUCCAAGCCCCCUCCACUCCCUCUGAGACCCCUGCCUCUCUACCAAAGCCCCCAGCCUCUCCUGUGGGUCCUGCCUCUGCCCCAGCCUUCUCCAUGCCCUCUGAGACCCCUCCCUCUCCCCCAUCCCCUCUCCCUUCUGCUAUGGCCUCAGCUUCUACUGCUCCUCCUGCCUCUGCCCCAGCCCCCUCCACUUCCCCCCAAGCCCCUGCUCCUCCACCAAAGGCCCCAGCCUCCCCUGUGGGUCCUGCUCCUGCCUCAGCCCCCUGCAUUCCCCCUGUGAUCCCUGCCUCUGCCCCAACCCCUCUCCCUCCCCCAAAGGCCCCAGCCUCUAUUGCUGCUCCUGCCACAGCCCCCUGCACUCCCCCUGUGACCCCAGUCUCUUCCCCUACGGCUCCUACCCCAGCCCCUCUCCAUCCCUUGGUGGCUCCUGCAUCUCCACCAGCUCCUGUCACCCCCCCUGAGGCUGCAGUUUCUCCUGUGACCCCUGUUUCUCCCCCUGUGGCCCCAGCCUCUCCCCCUUCCCCAGUUCCGGUGACCCCUGGCUCUCCCCCUGUCCAAAAGGCAGUAACUGAGGCUGCUGCCCCUGGCUGUGCUCCCGCCUCCUCCCCUGAGCUGCUCCUUGCUCCCCAGAAACCAGCUUCCUCGCCAGUUGCUUCCACUGACCUCCCUGCCACUCCCCUUACUCCAGCGAGUAGCCGAGCCCCUGUGCCUCUGCCCACUUCCCCCCCUGAAGAACUAACCCCCCACCCUGGGCUUCCUAAACCAUCCCCGCCUUCCUCCUCACCUGGUCCUGCGCCCAAAGCACCAGCUAGUCCCCCCGCCCCCGUCUGUGCUGCUACCAUCGAUGACGACGAGCUGCCGCCUCUCAUCCCUCCCGAGGGGCCUGCCGGGGAACUGCCUUUGCAGCCGAUCCUGGUGGAUCUCUCCUCUCCCAGACCCGCUGUGGCCCCUGCUGAGGCCCCAGCUCCUCUUCCUGAAGCCAAGCAACCCGUGCUGAAGAAUGACAAGGGGUCCGGCACAGAAUCCGACAGUGACGAAUCGGUGCCAGAACUCGAAGAACAAGACUCGACACAGGCCACCACGCAGCAGGCACAGCUUGCAGCAGCAGCUGAAAUCGAUGAAGAACCAGUUAGCAAAGCAAAACAGAGCCGGAGUGAAAAGAAAGCACGAAAGGCAAUGUCCAAACUGGGCCUUCGCCAGGUCACAGGUGUAACCCGAGUCACCAUCCGGAAAUCCAAGAACAUCCUCUUCGUCAUCACGAAGCCAGACGUGUACAAAAGCCCCGCAUCAGACACCUACAUCGUCUUCGGCGAGGCAAAGAUCGAAGAUCUGUCCCAGCAGGCACAGCUGGCCGCUGCCGAGAAAUUCAAAGUGCAAGGAGAAGCCGUCUCAAACAUUCAGGAAAACACACAGACUCCCACCGUACAGGAGGAGAGCGAAGAGGAGGAGGUUGACGAGACCGGCGUCGAGGUGAAGGACAUCGAGCUGGUCAUGUCCCAGGCGAACGUGUCCCGGGCGAAGGCUGUCCGGGCCCUGAAGAACAACAGUAACGAUAUUGUAAAUGCUAUUAUGGAAUUGACGAUGUAGCCAUCAGAAGGGAGGAACCUUUUGGUUUUUCAGAGAAGAGUAAAAUGCAGCUAAAUUUAACAUUUGUACUAUUUCUAUCGAUAAAUAAAAGUUGUGGCUUAUUGUCGGUGAAA